AUGGCCUGUGCUCUGCUUGAAAUGAGGGCCCACCUCCAGAUCCGAAGCCUCGUGGCCCGGCAGUGCCUGGCAGAGUUUCUGGGUGUGUUUGUGCUCUUGCUCCUCACUCAGGGGUCUGUGGCCCAGGCUGUCACUAGUGAAGAGAAAAAAGGCAACUACUUUACCACCUGUCUGGCGAGCUCUCUGGCUGUUACAAUAGCUAUCUACGUGGCAGGAAAGGUCUCAGGAGCCCACCUAAACCCAGCCUUUUCUCUGGCCAUGUGCAUGGUGGGACGCCUCCCAUGGGCCAAACUCCCCAUUUACUGCUUUGUGCAACUGCUGUCUGCUUUCUGUGCCUCAGGGGCCACCUACGUUCUCUACUAUGAUGCCCUCCAGCACUACACAGGUGGGAACCUGACAGUGACCGGUCCCAAAGAGACGGCCUCCAUUUUUGCCACUUACCCUUCCCCAUAUCUGUCCCUGAACAAUGGCUUCUUGGAUCAGGUUCUGGGUACCUGGAUGCUGAUUGUGGGGCUGUUAGCUAUCUUAGACAGACAGAAUAAAGGGGUACCUGCAGGUCUGGAGCCCGUGGUGGUGGGACUGCUGAUCCUCACUAUUGGAUUGUCCAUGGGUGUUAACUGUGGCUCUCCACUCAACCCUGCCCGGGACCUGGGCCCAAGGCUCUUCACCUACUUUGCUGGCUGGGGCCCUGACGUCUUCAGUGCUGGUAAUGGCUGGUGGUGGGUGCCUGUAGUGGCUCCUAUGGUGGGGGCCACCCUGGGCACAGCCACCUACCAGCUCCUGGUGGCUCUGCAUCACCCUGAGGAUUCAUCUCAACUCAAGGCUUCAGACUUGGUUACUCUGACUCAGCUGGAGUGUAAGCUGUGA